AUGUUAUCAUUACAGGCAAACGUCAGAAGUUUUGUCGUAGAAAGCGUGUUCAAAGAGACUGAAAGCAAGUCAGAUAGACCUCCCAUUAGAGCAUUUAGUCGUCGGUUUAUUACAGUUCCACAGGGGGCAGGAAUGAAUAUCAUCAACGACAUGCUGACAAUAACAAAUACCUCCAGAGAUCAAAUACAGAAAGCCUUUAAGCACCCUGCCCCUACCCCCUCUUCUAGCCCUGUCCCUGAGGCAUCACCCCCGGCCCCGUUCACUCAGGCUGGUCCCUCCACAUACACAGCCGAGCAGCAGCAGAUGAAUCAACAGUUCGCUGCUCAGUCAGGCAUGAACCAUGAAUGGUCCAUCAAAUGUCUGGAACAAAAUGGUUGGAAUUAUGAGAAAUCAGGAGAAAUAUUCCUGGAAUUGCAGAAAGAAAACAAGAUUCCUCCAGAUGCAUUUGCAAAAUGAAAAUCCAACUUUCCUGCAAAUGGACCUAAUAAUACUGAAUUCUCGGAAUCAUUUGGAAUAGGCUCAGGAUAAGCCAGUUUUAAAAGCAUUAACCAAUGGUGACUCCUCCAAGUGUUCACAGUGAAUUGACCUCUCAGAACUGUGUGAAAGACGGAAUUUUAGCAAUUUUAUUCUGUUUAGAAGAAACACUUUCGGGCAUUGACAAAUGGAACGAUUAUAAAUCCUUGCUUUGUUUUAAUGUACGAGUUCAAAGUGGAGAAUUUGAGAAGGAUUAAAAAAUCCUCUUUUACAUUUUUUUUUUACUGUGAAAUAACAUUGUUUAUUUGCACUUGUUAAUCAUAGAAGUAAAAUAUUGUGAAAUGAAAAGUGCUCAUUCAUAUUUGAUAUGUCACCAAUUUUAUUUCUAUUGCAAUUUGACAUUCUGUACAAUGAAUACUUUUAUAAAUAUGUAUUUUUU